UCUGUGCGCCAUCAUCGUGGGCGUCAUGUCCUACUACAUGGCGGACCGCAAGCACCGCAAGGCCUUCCUGGAGGCCCGCCAGUCGCUGGAGGUGAAGAUGAACCUGGAGGAGCAGAGCCAGCAGCAGGAGAACCUUAUGCUUUCCAUCCUGCCCAAGCACGUGGCAGACGAGAUGCUGAAGGACAUGAAGAAGGACGAGAGCCAGAAGGACCAGCAGCAGUUCAACACCAUGUACAUGUACCGCCACGAGAACGUCAGCAUCCUCUUUGCCGACAUCGUGGGCUUCACCCAGCUGUCUUCAGCCUGCAGCGCCCAAGAGCUCGUGAAGCUCCUCAACGAGCUCUUUGCCCGCUUCGACAAGCUGGCGGCUAAAUACCACCAGCUGCGGAUUAAGAUUCUGGGCGACUGUUACUACUGCAUCUGUGGGCUGCCUGACUACCGGGAGGACCACGCCGUCUGCUCCAUCCUCAUGGGGCUCGCCAUGGUGGAGGCCAUCUCGUAUGUACGGGAGAAGACGAAGACCGGGGUGGACAUGCGAGUCGGGGUGCACACGGGCACCGUGCUGGGGGGUGUCCUGGGCCAGAAGCGCUGGCAGUACGACGUGUGGUCCACCGAUGUCACCGUGGCCAACAAGAUGGAGGCUGGCGGCAUCCCCGGGCGCGUGCACAUCUCCCAGAGCACCAUGGACUGCCUGAAAGGCGAGUUCGACGUGGAGCCAGGUGACGGGGGCAGCCGCUGUGAUUACCUGGAUGAGAAGGGCAUCGAAACCUACCUCAUCAUUGCAUCCAAGCCAGAGGUGAAGAGGACAGCCGCCCAAAAUGGCCUCAGUGGCUCGGCUCUGCCGAACGGAGCGCCACCUUCCUCAAAGCCCGGCUCCCCUGCCCUCAUUGAGACCAAGGAGCCCAACGGGAGCAUUCACACCAGCGGCUCCACGUCCGAGGGGCCCGAGGAGCCAGAUGCCCAGGCUGACAACCCCUCAUUCCCCAACCCUCGCCGGAGGCUGCGGCUUCAGGACCUGGCCGAUCGCGUGGUGGACGCCUCUGAGGACGAGCACGAGCUCAACCAGCUACUCAACGAGGCACUGCUGGAGCGGGAGUCCGCCCAGGUAGUGAAGAAGAGAAACACCUUCCUCCUGUCCAUGCGGUUCAUGGACCGCGAGAUGGAAACCCGCUACUCGGUGGAGAAGGAGAAGCAGAGCGGGGCCGCCUUCAGCUGCUCCUGCGUCGUCCUGCUCUGUACGGCCCUGGUUGAGAUUCUCAUCGACCCCUGGCUGAUGACAAACUACGUGACCUUUGUGGUUGGCGAGGUCCUGCUCCUGCUCCUGACUGUCUGCUCGCUGGCUGCCAUCUUUCCUCGGGCCUUUCCUAAGAAGAUCGUGGCCUUCUCGACUUGGAUCGACCGGACGCGCUGGGCCAGGAACACCUGGGCCAUGCUGGCCAUCUUCAUUCUGGUCAUGGCAAACGUCGUGGACAUGCUUAGCUGUCUCCAGUACUACGUGGGACCCACCAACGGCACCUCAGGGGUGCAGAUAGAGGACGGCUGCGUGGAGAACCCCAAGUAUUACAACUACGUCGCUGUGCUGUCCCUCAUCGCCACCAUCAUGCUGGUGCAGGUCAGCCACAUGGUCAAGCUGACACUCAUGCUGCUCAUCGCAGGGGCUGUGGCUGUCAUCAACAUCUACGCCUGGCGCCCCAUCUUUGAUGAAUACGACCGCAGACGCUUCCAGGAACACGACUUUCCGAUGGUGGCCUUAGAGAAGAUGCAGGUACUUUCCAGCCCUGGGCUCAAUGGCACUGACAGGCUGCCCCUGGUGCCUUCUAAAUGCUCCAUGACGGUGAUGAUCUUUGUCAUGAUGCUGAGCUUUUACUACUUCUCCCGCCACGUGGAGAAGCUGGCACGGACACUGUUCUUAUGGAAGAUUGAGGUCCACGACCAGAAGGAACGUGUCUAUGAAAUGAGACGCUGGAACGAGGCCUUGGUCACUAACAUGUUGCCUGAGCACGUGGCACGCCAUUUUCUGGGGUCCAAGAAGAGAGACGAGGAGCUGUACAGUCAGUCUUAUGACGAGAUUGGAGUCAUGUUUGCCUCCCUGCCCAACUUUGCUGACUUCUACACAGAGGAGAGCAUCAAUAACGGUGGCAUUGAGUGUCUGCGCUUCCUCAAUGAGAUCAUCUCAGAUUUUGACUCUCUCCUGGACAAUCCCAAGUUUCGGGUCAUCACCAAGAUCAAAACCAUUGGCAGCACCUACAUGGCAGCUUCAGGAGUCACCCCAGAUGUCAACACCAACGGCUUUACCAGCUCCAACAAGGAGAAGUCAGACAAGGAGCGCUGGCAGCACCUGGCGGAUCUGGCCGACUUCGCGCUCGCCAUGAAAGACACGCUCACCAAUAUCAACAACCAGUCCUUCAACAACUUCAUGUUGCGCAUUGGCAUGAACAAAGGAGGGGUACUGGCUGGCGUCAUCGGAGCCCGGAAACCACACUAUGACAUCUGGGGCAAUACAGUCAACGUGGCCAGCAGGAUGGAGUCCACAGGGGUCAUGGGCAACAUUCAGGUGGUGGAAGAAACUCAAGUCAUCCUUCGAGAGUACGGCUUCCGCUUUGUGAGGAGAGGGCCCAUCUUUGUGAAAGGGAAGGGGGAGCUGCUAACCUUUUUCUUGAAGGGGCGAGAGAAGCCAGCCACGUUCCCUAAUGGCUCCUCGGUUACACUGCCCCACCAGGUAGUAGACAACUCCUGAAUGGCCUCGAGCCCACGAGAGUCCACACGGGAGGGAGAGUUUAUUUUUUGGAAUCAAAGAAAGGCCUUGGGAAAGGACAAAUGACCAAGUCCCAACAUUCCCAAGCUGCUGAAGUGCACACUCACAUAGACUUUAGGUUUAAAAAUCUCAAGCCUUCAUUUGUUUAUGGAUGUGUGAGCUCUGAGGGCGGCCAUACUCUUCCUUGGUGUGCCUGUAGCUUCCCCAGAGAGUAGGGCUCCUAGGCGUAGUACUGGAAUAAUCCUUCCAGAGCCCUAGUUCCGACCAGCCCUCCUUCCCCCAGAGAGGCCAUGGCCGCUGUGAGCAGGAUGUACCAGAGGAGGAACAAGGCUGCUGCCUUCGUGCCCGGCGGGGAGCACAGGUGGCACAGCUCUGUUUACCAUGAGGGCUGGCAGCUGCUCUGCUCCCCAGCUAGAACUUGGAAGCAGCGCUUUUCACUCUGAAGACCUGCUUGCCUCUGUGGUCCGAGUUACGUGAAAUGGGCCUCGUCCUGAUAAUCUUGAAAGGUUCUUCUGGAACCCCAGUCACCUUAGUCAUGAGAGCAGAAAGUGCAAUAUUUCCUUUUACC